GGGAGAGUUGAAGAGAAUGAAAAAAGAAAAAGCAGAGUUUCCCGGGAACCAAACAGAAAGUAAGUUAAUUAGAGUUUUUUAUGCUCUGUAGGGCGGUGGUCAUAUUUAUUUAUUACAUGAUUUGUAACGUUUAACAGUUCAGGUAGUUUCCCGGUGGCCAAACAACUUUUUCUUUUUUUUUUUCAAAUUGUUUAUUUUCUCGCGAAACUUUAGGGAUGAUGAGGAGAAAGAUAAACUCAAUAUAAAAAAGAAAAAAAAAUUGGUCUUGAAAAGGAAAAGAUGCAUUAAGCAUGACUCAGCAAAAACUGCACACCACUCUGAGAGAGAAAGAAAGAGAAAGAGAAAGAGAGAGAGCUAAUGUGGGAAUGGGAUGGCAGUAGGCCAGUCUCUCUCUCUCUCUACUUUUGCCAUAAAUGAGGCUCUCAUCUCCUAACCCCAACUCCUCCAAUUCAUCAUCACUACUACCUCUCUUUUUUAAUUGCUCUGCUCGCUCUCUCCCUCUCUCUCUCUCUCUCUCUCUCGCCUUCUUCUUAAGCAAGUCUCCAUAAUUGUGCUCCUCUCUUACCCUUUUUUCCUGUCCUUAACUUGAGCUUAAGAUAUGGAGCUUCUGUCUCAGCUUUUGGGCUAGUUUUGGAUUUUGCUAUCUGGGUUUUUGAGUUUUAGGAAAUGGGUACUGAUCAUCAGGACAAGAAUGUGGCCAGAGAGCUCGAGGAGCGUUCUGCUGAAGAGACUAACACUCUUGUUCCUCCUGUUCACAAUCAGAAGGUUGAAGAGUCAAUGAACAUAACUGAAGAAACACAAGAAGGUCAUCCGUGGAAGAGGCCGGGCCUCUUCUUGGAGAUACCCUCAAGAGCUUCAGAUGUAUCAUCACCGGAUUUUGUUGGGAUAAAGAUGCCACCAACACCAAGUCCUAACCCAAAGAAAGUGAAUUUUGUCCUGACAUCCAGCUCGACUAAUUCAAGGAUUCAUGGAUCCCCAGGCCCCUCUUCAUCUAAAGGAAAAUCAUCUAUAAAAAGUCUCUUUCCAAAGCUCAGCUUCAUGUAUCGAUCUUCUUCAGAUGUUGAGAAGGCUGACAACUUAUCUUCAGAAGCAUCAGUUACAGGGCCACGAGAGAAGCCUACCAUCUCAAGGUCGAUGUCCCUUACAAAGCUAUUCACACCCAGGAUAAACAGAACAUCGUCACUACCUGUAACUCAAAUUAUGGAUUCAAACACAGAAUCUACACCCAGUGGAAGUGUAGGUGGCACUCCAAACCGAAUUAAAAGAGGAACCCAAAAUCGAAAUAUAGCUCGCUCACUUUCAGUUCCUGUCAAUAAUAAAGAGAAAAGCUUAAAGAGGAUGGAUUCAUUUUUUCGUGUAAUUCCUUCCACUCCUCGAGUUAAAGAAGGGGAUGUGAUAUCGAUUGGUUCACCAACAGUUGAUGCUGAAAAUGAUGAUGCGGAUGGUGAAGACAUACCUGAAGAAGAGGCUGUCUGUAGAAUCUGUUUUGUUGAACUAUGUGAAGGGAGGGAGACUCUUAAGAUGGAAUGCAGCUGCAAAGGAGAGCUUGCUCUGGCCCAUCAAGAAUGUGCUGUGAAAUGGUUCAGCAUCAAAGGUAACAAGACCUGUGAUAUCUGCAAGCAAGAGGUUCGAAACCUAUCUGUCACACUGUUACGAGUCCAAAGUAUCCAUACUCAAAAUAGUGGAGCUAGAUCUCAGCAAGUAGAUGCUAAUGGUUUCAGGGUUUGGCAAGAAGUACCUGUUCUUGUCAUUAUCAGCAUGCUGGCCUACUUUUGUUUUCUUGAGCAGCUCCUGGUGGGGAAAAUGGGAACAGGAGCAAUAGCAAUAUCUCUUCCAUUUUCUUGUGUACUGGGUCUCCUCUCAUCUAUGACUGCAUCAACCAUGGUGAAGAGAAGAUUUGUCUGGGUUUAUGCAUCGAUUCAAUUUGCUCUGGUGGUUCUAUUUGCACACAUAUUUUACUCCUUGAUUCGUGUUCAAGCAGUUCUGUGUAUUCUCCUGGCCACAUUUGCUGGGCUUGGUGUUGCCAUGAGUGGGAGCUCCAUAAUUGUCGAGUUCUUAAGAUGGAAAAGAAGAUGGCGAGCUUCGGCAGAACAGAGCCACAGCUCCCAAAUAUUACCAUGAACAGGCUAAACCAAUUCCUGGGACUGUACAUUUAGAUACAGAAUAGGUCCUCCAUCAUGGCCUCCAAAUUGUAGUGGAAAUCUAUCAGCUUCUAGUGGAAAUUGAGUUAGUUGGGUUGAGGGACCCGUUAGUGGCUUAUACAAAUAUGUUUUCAGCAUGGGAUGAGAGCAUUUUGGUGCUUUUUGUAAUAUUUUGGUUUUCAAGAUCUUGAUUUUUUUUAUACCAAUUGUACAGGGUUUUGAUAGUAAUAGCUGGUGGUUUUGCCCAUUUUGAACUUUAGAAGUUUUAAAAUGGAAUCUCAUACUACACUGGAUGAGUUCAACAUUUAAUUUACAUUAUCAUAAGGUAGAAUGAUGAUUACAGUUGCUUGUUCUAGAACAGAGAAACUUUUUCAGAAGCUGACUCAGCAGCAUAUAUUAUUAACCAUAAUGUCGAUUCAUAUUUA